AUGCUUAGAGCCCUCUUCUAUGCAUACGUUCUCGGAGGUAUAACAUUCGUUCCCCUACUUAUUAUUUCUGUCAUCUUCAUCACUAUCUAUACGUCUGUCCCGGUUGGGGAUGCCGAUGUCGCCAAGAAGACCAGGGAACGACUAGAAACCACCAACAAAGAGGACGGGGAGGAUGGGGGCAAAGAACAAGCAUCACCUGAGAAACUUUCCAACACUGAGAUAAACGACACCCCGCGUACGCGAAAAGGAUGGCUGACCAUGCGCCGGACAUUCGAGGAGACUGCUGGGGAUGGGAGCUACGUCACUCUCGUUCGUUCAUUUUUGGAUUCGCGCUCCAAGGAUCCAAAGAGGUCGCGGCCUAAAGACAUGUGGUAUGUCGUGCUGAAGGGUAAGGUUCUUUACCUUUAUGAAGAUGAGGAUAUGUCGGAAUGCGAGGCAGCGGUGGAACUCAGCGGACACCAGGUCGUCAUCUACCCCGAGGACUUGCCUGAUGGGGAACUAUUUGCUAAACGCAACGCCAUCUGCCUCAAGCCAAAGAUAAUCCAAUCAAACUGUAUGCCCAGUGUUACCAGACAAAUGGGCCACGAACAGGAGAGCGUAGAAGACAGACUAGACUCUUCGAAUGGGAAAAAGCGGGACGUCCAGCGGGAAAAUAAGCUAGACUCCGAGAAGGUCAAAGAUGAGGCCAGGAAGGAAGCGUUGGAUCCCUCGACACCUUGGUUUAUUUUUGUCCGGUCGAACGUCGAAAUGGAGGACUGGUAUUUUGCUCUUAUUCACGCCUCGGAGCAUCCAGCUCAAACGCCAACUCUUUCGCCACUGAACAGUAUUUUUUCCGUUGAUGAUAUGAACCAUCUCGUCUCGACCUUGGAUGCACAACCGGACGUAAUACCCAUGCGUUGGUUAAACGCACUUUUGGGACGCAUAUUCUUUAGUCACUACAGGACCCAUAACCUUGAGGCGUACAUCAUUGGCAGGCUGAUGAAGAAGCUUUCUAAAGUCAAACGUCCAGCUUUUCUUACAGAAAUCGCUGUUACGCAAGUGUCGGUUGGCAAUAAGCCUCCUAUGUUGAGUAAACCCAUGCUCAAGGAGCUGACCAAAGAAGGAGACGCGUCUAUGGAAGUUCAUCUUCAAUACAAGGGGGAGGUGCGAAUUACAGUUGAAGCCACUGCAGUCAUCAACCUAGGUGCUAGAUUUAAAUCCUACACAGUCAAACUGGUUCUGGCUGCUGUCCUCAAGGAACUGGAAGGAAACCUCCUAAUCAAGGUUAAGCGCCCGCCUAGCAAUCGUAUUUGGUAUGCAUUCACACAGACACCGAGAAUGGUCCUCGAGGUAGAACCUAUUGUAAGCGAUCGUCAAAUUACGUGGGGCAUGAUUCUGGGUACCAUUGAAUCGAAAUUCAAAGAAAUUAUCCAAGAGUCGGUUGUAAUGCCAAAUAUGGACGAUAUUGCGUUCUUCGAAACAGCACCUUAUGAACACCGCGGCGGCAUCUGGCCAGAGGCAGGACGAAAACCACACGUCUCCACAACUGUCCCUUCCCCAAUACCAGAUGAUGUCCAAUCUGUUGCGUCCAUGCCAUUACCGGACACUUCAUCCAUAAUUUCUAAGGAUUCCACCCCCUCAACUAGUUCGAAACACACAGAAGAGACAUCUACGAAUUCAAUGGAGCGUUCUGUGUCGGCCCCUGUGGAUAUUCCCAUAAUUUCCACAGAUCUGGUUGACGAUCACCAAGAUUCAGCCAAUAACAGUACAAGACGUUCUACUUGGUUCAACUCUCUUCGCAGUGAAGAUCUUAAUUCGUUGACUACAGAUAGUAUAUUUCCUAAUGUCAAGGAAGGUUCUUCCGACGGAGAUCGUGGCCGUACUGUUGAACAGGAGAGAAAUUCAAGUCCCCGUUCUCAAUCUACUCCGAAAUCGUCAAGUCCUCGGUCUCUUACACCAGAGCGCUCGGUGAAAGACGAGUCUGAACAAUUGCGUACAAGCCAAAGCUCCCGUCGUUCUUCGUCGUCGCAGUUCUCGUAUAGCGCCGGCAACUAUUCAGAAAACGAAGAAUCCGGAAUAAAACCGAAAUCCGUACCAAAUACCCCUCGCAAAAAUUCGGACGCAGCCCAGAUCGCCCGUUCUGCAAGCCCGCCUUCCUUCUUUUCAACUUUGAAAUCGAAAGCUGCAGGAGCCGAUAAACAAGCUAUCAGUAACUCUGCGAAAGAGGCUAUCCGAAAAUGGGGUGCUAAUUGGGCAGGAUUCAAGAAAGAUUCGGCUAGUUCGUCUGGGGAAGAUGGUCCCCAAGUGGGGAGUAGCCCACCACGGUCUGACGGAUCUAGUACGCUUGCUCAGAAGGCAAGGGCAAGUUAUGCGGAGGUGCGAGCAGCGGUAGCCGAGCGGAAGGAGAGAGCACCUCAUCAGCGUGGCGAAUCCUCGGACACACUGCAGUCGGCUGCGUCUCCUACUACACCACGGGCAAGAGUUAUGAGCUCACCCAAUCAGGCGUUACCCAGUAACUCUGUUUAUUCCGAGGUACCUGCCAAUCCUUCGAUCAUUACGUCGGCGGCCCGUUUGACAACCCCUCGAUUGACAACGAAGAAAUCCUCCCCUUCACUUAGCGGGGUAGAGACUGAAGUAGACUUGAAGGAUCUGCCAGAGGCCAAUGAACCUGUCAGACAUGCCCCUAUACAUGUUCAACCCGUUGCAAAGACCAUGUCUAUUCCCGGCAUUCAUGCCAGCCAUCGUGGAGAAGUACAGUCGAUGGGGCAUGUUGCUGCACCUCAACCACCGGCACAGUCGGACACUCCCCUUUUAAAAAAUCCAGCCAUUCAAUCUGUGUAUCGUUUGUGGAAGAAUCCGUCAAAUCAGGGCCACGAUUCGGAUACCCGUGGUCAACCAGAGCCAAAUGUGCAACAGCAACAGCAGUCUAUUGAUGAUCCUAUGCGGACUGAGACCCCUGAUGAUGACCCCCCAUCGUUAGCACCAGCAGCAAUAAUUGUUUCGUCACCGACUCAUACUAUGGCGAAGCCGACCCCACCGCCACUACCACCAAGGUUUCCAACAAUGCGACCCGCGACUAUCGUUUCGCCAGACACCACGACUGCAUCACAAACUCUGAAGAAUAUUGUGGAGAAGGACAUAAACCGUUCGCAGCCUAUUAAUGCUAAUACCUCUUUAGCGUCCAAGUCCGAUCCUGUAGUCAAAUCCGAUUCUACUGAAGAAUUGUCAACAAGCAGCAACAUAGACAUGGACUCAAGCACCGAAAAUUCUCAUCCGUCCAGCUCGGUGGCCAUUGAUGUUCAGUCUCAGCCCAAGUCACCUCCGGCUCUUCCUCCUCGCCGGCCUCAGAUGCCAGCUCCAGCUUGA